GGGUGAUUUGUACUUUUAUGAUCGGGGAUUUUAAUUGUUUGACAAUCCAUUCUUGUGAUCGACAAAUCUGUUGGAUGCUUGAACAUAUUUACCAAAUUGCAUCAUCUUCUCUGUAACCCACCUCUUCAUUCACCGUUUUUGUUUUUGACUCUACGGAGUUGACUCAACAUAACUUAAUAUCCUGUGACCUGUAAUAACCUAGUACAAUCUAUAAUAGCGAAAUGCCAGAAGAAACUCCAGCUGUUGCUGGUAUCUAUACCUCUGCUAAAAAUGGAAGUGAUGAAGCAGGUGAUGGAACAGAGAGUAAGCCUUUUAAGACCAUUUUGAGAGCGAUGCGUCAUGCUGGGAAAGAACCAUUUCCCACAAUUUAUCAGGAUUCUGCAGACGAGGCUAUAAAGUAUGAGCCUGCCUCUAAAUCUGGGCUCAAAAAGAGCCACAAGAUUUGGCAAAGAGAUCAAUAUAAGACCGCAGACCAGCAGAAGAAGUUGGUCGAAGAUGAAGAAAACAGAUCAAAAAACUUGGAAGAAGCCAAGGCAGUCAUAAUCAAAGAAGACAAGUCUCUUCCUGUUGCAGCAUGUAUUAAGGUCAGGGAUAGUUUCUCCAAACGUAAUGAACGAGUAACCAUUUUUGGCUGGGUACACCGUUUGAGGCGUCAAGGCAAAUCACUCAUGUUUAUCACUCUGAGGGAUGGAACUGGCUUUCUACAAUGUGUUUUAAACAACAAAUUGUGUCAGACAUAUGAAGCUUUGACUCUUAGCACUGAGGCUACAGUUGAAUUGUUUGGAACAAUAAAAAUUGUACCAGAUGGAAAAGAUGCUCCUGGAGGUCAUGAAUUGAUCGUAGACUACUGGAAGUUAGUGAGAUCGUCUCCACCUGGUGGUGUAGAUGCUAUUCUAAAUGAAGAAGCUUUACCAGAUGUGCAGCUGGACAACAGGCACCUUGUGAUACGUGGAGAAAAUACAUCUCGGAUUUUGAUUAUGAGGUCCAUAUUGAUGCAGGCAUUUAGAGAUCAUUAUAGGGACAGAGGUUAUUGCGAAGUAACCCCACCGACAUUGGUACAAACUCAAGUAGAGGGUGGAUCCACGCUCUUCAGUUUGGACUAUUUUGGAGAGAAGGCAUAUUUAACUCAAAGUUCUCAACUUUAUCUUGAGACUUGUCUGCCUGCCAUGGGCGAUGUGUACUGCAUUGCGCAGUCUUACAGAGCUGAGCAAUCGAGAACACGUCGACACCUUGCCGAAUAUACACAUGUAGAAGCAGAGUGUCCAUUCAUUAAAUUUGAUGAUCUUCUUGAUCGUUUGGAAGAUUUAAUCUGCGAUGUUGUCGAUCGCGUAUUGAAAUCUCCUUACGGUUCUCUCGUCAAAGAAUUAAACCCAGAAUUUAAAGUUCCGACAAGACCAUUCAGGCGUAUGAACUACUCUGAAGCAAUCGACUAUCUGAAAGAACACAACAUUACUAAAGAAGAUGGAAGCUUUUACGAAUUUGGGGAGGACAUUCCUGAAAUGCCUGAAAGGAAGAUGACUGAUGCAUUGAAUGAGCCUAUAAUGCUUUGUCGGUUUCCAGCUGAAAUCAAAUCCUUCUACAUGCAAAAAUGCGAGGAAGAUCAACGUUUAACGGAGUCAGUUGACGUUCUUUUACCUAACGUUGGAGAGAUCGUUGGUGGUUCUAUGCGUAUUUGGGACCACCAAGAAAUUCUAGAAGGUUAUAAAAGAGCAAAUAUCGAUCCUACACCUUACUAUUGGUACACGGAUCAGCGUCAGUAUGGGUCCUGUCCCCAUGGUGGCUAUGGAUUAGGAUUAGAAAGAUUCCUCUGCUGGCUACUUAACAGAUACCAUAUUCGUGAGGUCUGUCUCUAUCCAAGAUUCCUGGAACGUUGUCGGCCGUAAAUUCAAAUGAUCGAAUACCGUGAUACAGGCCAAGAUGACUCGUUUGCGCGGCAUCCAAUCUGAAUUAUAUGUAUUUAUAUCUUAUUUGUUCGAAUCGAUUAUGCAAGUUAUGAGAAUUUCGAAUAGAGUGAAAGAGAAGCUUGGCGCGUGUUUAACCAUAUUAUCAGGAUAUUGCUUACAGUGUUUUAUAAUCAUUGAAGCGAGUCAUUUUAUCAGGCUCUCAUUCGUUUCUGUCAUCUAGUAAUCUGAAUAAAAUAAAAUAUGGAUUUAAA